AUGGGGAAAUUUACUCUAAGUGAUGAUGGUAGUGAUGAUAGUCAAGGGGAACAUGAAGGAAAUCAAUGGGAUGAUGGAGACAUCGUCAUGCAGGAUGUCAGUGACGAGAAUGAUGAAAAUGAUGAUGUUGGAGUCACCAAUCAAUCCCAUUCACAGUCUUCCUCCUUUUGGGGCCGCGCUCUAACAAUAACUUCCCGUGAUCAAGAAGAAGAAACGCAUCACCAUAACCAAGACCAGGACUACAAUGAGUCGCUGUCGGAAGAACGGGGAUCAUCCACCAUGGGACCAUCGUAUUCCUAUCAAAUUGUUGGUCGAGCUGAAAAUGGUGAUUUGGUUCCAUUUCAUUACCAUGUGUACAGCAGCAACGAUCCAAAUCACCACGAUAAUGGUAUCAGGGGAGGUCAGUCUAUAUUUUCAUCGUGUGGAUGGAUGCUGAUUUCCUUAAUAGCAGUCUUGGCCCACAUCUGCUAUUGGUAUGGCCCAUCCGUUCCUCCUCCUCUUGGCGCUAAUGCUCAUGAUACAACGAGUAGCUGGGGCGAAUUUUUGUCGCAAGAAGCAGUUGUGGUGUGGGAGCUUUUGACGAAAUGGACAGCAAUUGCGAAAUAUGUCGGAUACUGGUGUUUUGAAGCCAUGUCACGAGAAUCUUUCAAUUUCUUUCCAUCAAUCUUGUUCUUUCAACAUGCUAAUAAUCCGGCAACCACAACAUCUAUAAUAACAACAUCAGACACUACGAUACCCAUUUUGGAUUGCCACGCUCCAUGGCACUGGGAUACGAAUAGAUUGAAUCAUCAAGUGAUCGGACAGGAUUUGGCAAUUGACAAGCUGCGAAAGAUAUUCGACACGGAAUGGAAUCAUCACGAUCAAGAUCAAAGUCAUGAUCUCACCAGUAGACAAGAAGGCGAAGAAGAGCCACCAAGUCAGCCGCAUCGACGGAAGUCAGCACUAGUGCAGCAGGGUCCACUCAUUUUCUAUGUUGUCGGAGGACCAGCCGUCGGAAAGCGACACCUGGCUCGAAGUCUAGUCCGCCAAUUUCAUGGCAAGGACUGCUAUUCCGAGAUGAAUGAUAUCUCUCCAGUGUUGCUGGAAUUGAAUAGUAACGACGAAGAAGGCCAAAUUGGAAAUAUUGGUUGGGCUUUGGAGCCGGAUCAUCACUCGUCGCCAUCGUCGUCCCCACAGUAUCAAGCAGUUUUGAAUCAUGCCAUUGAUCAUCCCAAUGGAUCCAUUGUUCUGUGGCCAUUGGACAAGACCGAGGACCCAUCCCAUUCCACCAAAAAAAGUCAAGUGGUUUCUUUUCUUGCCGAACUACUCGAAAAGACACCACCUGGGACAUUUGACAAGACGAUUAUUAUCAUGACAUCCGAAAGUGGCACUCCAACCAUUCAUAAGGCUUUACGAAAAUAUGGCGGUAGAAAGGACGUAUUACCUCAGCUAGAAUUGGAAUCUUUUUUACGACAAGAGAUAAUCAAGGCAUAUGAUGAAGUGGGGCAUAGUAUGGUCGUGGAUGGAGUGAAUUUGUUUACCAAAGUUCAUAUUUUGGCAAUGCUACCAUUGGACCGAGAUGCCAUGCGAAUCAUACUCUUGAAACGAUUGGAAGAAUUCGUCAUGGGAGACCGAAGCAGUCAUACUGGCGACGGGGGUAGUAUUGGAGGAAGCAACAAGAACAACAAGUUCCAUGUACCACAAGAUGCCAUGGAAUACAUGCUGGAUCAUGGUCUGGAUUGGAAACAAUGGAUUCAUGCCAAGACGGACCAGCUCAUGUUGGAAAUUUGCCCGGAUGGUGCCCGAGCCGUCGAUCCUCUCUUGGUCCGAAUUGUUUCGAGCUGUUCUAGAGCAUCGAGAAGCAUAGUACAAGAAGAGGAAGAGCAAAAGCAAGAAUUGAUCAUGCUGCCGAUUGGUACCACUGCCACUAGUAGAGCAAAAACUACUACGCUCCUGCUUUUGGACAAGGACAUGGGCAAGUUUGAAAUGAUCACUUGUCCCACUGACUCGGACACUUUAGAUGACUGCAACAUUGACUGUCAGUUUGUACUGUAG